GAACGAUUAGUUGGCUUUUCGCAGCAUGGCCGCGCUGUACAGCCUCGCCGACAAGUCGGUGAACGGCGAGUCGCCAGAGCUGACGUGGCUGCGCCGCUGCCUGCCCAUCUUCGUGCAGCCCAAGGUCGACCUCGAGAAUGAGAACCACCUGAUCAAGAUCCUGUAUGCAUUCGAGCGCCAUGGCUCGACGGGCCAGCUCCACUGCAAGCUCUGCAUCAUCUUUGCGGGCGAGUCGUCGUACAACCGCGGCGACGAGCGCAAGCACAAUGGCUUUGCCACGCUCUUGUACCGGUCCUUCAACCGCCACGCGUACGAGCGCACGGCCGACAUCAACUACCUUGAGUUCAGAGGCGUCGACUUGACGCCACAGUCGGUCCGGCCCUGGAACAGUAUUUAUACCGGCGAUCACUCGGGCAACCAACGAUGGGCCCAAGGCGACAAGCGCAACAUCUGCAACUGGUUCUCGCUCAUGUACCAUUACCAAAUGGACGUCGUCUUUGAGGAGUGGCACUGCGAAGGCGCGCGCCCGCGCAUCUACCUCAACACAUGCAACCACAUGGUGGGCGAGGUCGACAACAACCCGAGUCUCGAGAAGCACGACUGGGCCAACUACCCGUUUCAGGAAGGCGACGCCAACGACGCGCUCACGUGGGUCAAGGACAACGUCCCGACCAAGUUCAACUUGUACUCGUACUGCUGCUGUUGUUUUGCGCGCAACGGAGGCGGCGUCUGCGACCGCCACGUCAUUUCCAAGGCCCCCGGCCACGACAAGCUGUCGCAAACACGCGACAUUGACCACUACGUUCUCUACGGCGGCGCCACGCCCGUGGACCUCCCGGCACCCAAGGCAGUCAAGAAGCUCAAGGAGAAGCGCGGGUAUUAACAUCGGCAUGAAUACAGUUGCGCUUCAUAUGUUCAUCGUCGUCGGCUGCCGGCGGCGCUCGGCUUGCGUCGAAAGAUCCGGUCGAGGCCAUUGGUUUAAAAAAGUCGAAUAUACUGAAAUGCAGCCAAUGGGCUCGUAGUUUCCAA